AGUCUUCCUCCAUGUCAGCAGAGACUCCAGUGACUGAGUCCAGUGUCUGGAACACUCUUAUGCAGCUUGUGACUCACAGUAAGCUAGGAGUGGACAGUCAGGUGCCCAAGCUAUUUGACCUGUUAAUUCACCAACUGGCUGGUUUGGGAGAACAACAACUGGUCAAGAUUUUUGACCAGCUACAGGAGAAACACGCGCGUAAGUAUAUGCUGGAUGCUUUGCCUUUGGUAGGAUCUGCUGGCAGUGUCCAGGCUAUGUACCAGAUCUAUGCGGCACGAGAGGUCUCCCGGGACGAGCUGGAAUCUUGGCUGACAGCUCUCUCUUUCCACAAGCAACCCUCCCUGGAGAUUCUAGACACGUUGCAACUGUUCAUGCAAGAUGGUUACCAUCCGAAAACCUGGUUGGCAGUGAGUUCUGUGGUACACUCGUAUUGUCGGUUAGAUCCUGCAUGUGCAGACACGCCGCAGGUACACAGCUAUCAUGUCUGCACUGGGAGCAGACGUUGGGAGAGUCUUGCAUCUCGACUACAAGAGAACAGCAAGAGACUGUUGUGGUAG